UCGGACGCUCCUCUGACGUUUCCUAUAAAGUGUAUUGAAUUAGUUAAGAGAUAAAUGGAUUUCUUACAAAUCCUGGCAAUUUUAUUUCUAAUGCUUGGAGUACCAUCAUUUGCAAUUCAGUGCGAUGGUGGAGAUUGUCUGCCUUAUCACCGCUGCUUGUACGCCAAGAAGAUGAAAAAGGUUCCUUAUUGUGCUGAUGGAUCUGUUUGCUGUAAGCGUCCAACUAUACCUAAACAUCAAACUCUAUCGGAAAGAGCCUGCCAGGACUACUCAAACGACAAAUCCUUCUGCCCACCGGAGUUACUUAUAUUUAAUGGAAAUUUGACCUCCCGCCAUGAACGUCAAUAUAUGGCAGUUAUUGGAAAAAGGGCGAAGGGCCAUUCGAUGGAGAAUCCAGAAUGGAUCUGCGGCGGAACAAUAAUUCAUAAGAGAUUUGUACUAACUGCAGCCCACUGUAUUCGCCUACGCAAUGAAGAUCCUGACUUUUUCGUUAUACUUGGAGCCCACAAUAAAAGUAAUGGGCAAAUAUAUAAAGUAAAUAAAGAGAUCCAUCACCCCGAUUACCGCGACGUAAACGACAACUCAGUGAAUGAUAUAGCGCUGCUUGAGUUGAAUGAAACCAUAGUUUUCAACGAGAAAAUAAAACCUGCCUGCCUGGCCACAUCUCCUGUGAGUGAUCACGAAACACUCACAGUCUGUGGAUGGGGUUACAUGGACUCCUAUUCAAAAAUGCAAUCCAAAGAGCUACGAAAGGCCGACAUUCAGGUACUGAACAUUUUAAACUGUUCCAAUGCCAUUAGUGAACUGCAGAUUUGCGCCGGAGGUGUCAAUGACAUAAGCGACGUGUGCCAAGGAGAUUCCGGAGGACCGUUGGCCAAAUGGCAUCCAAAGUGGGGCGGUUGUUUGGGUCAAGUGAUCGGAGUUGUAUCCACAGGUGGAUUAUGUGACGCCCAGAACCCGACAACUAAAUACACUAAUGUUUUUCACUUUGUGAAAUGGAUUGAGGACAUAGUUUGGGGUGGCACAAAUAAAUAGCACAACUAAUAUAUGUAUAUUCUUAUCAAGGUCACCAUUGAGUAAUAAGGAAAUAUAAGUGCAUUAGUUAUCAUAAUCCGCCAUAAAAACUAACUAAAAUUGUUUGGUUU